AUGCGCUUCCCCAGAUUUUUCCAACAUUUCACCACAGCUUUGCUCUGCGGGGGGCUGCUUAUUGAAACCACACUCGCAGAGGGAGGAGGCCAGCCCAAUAUAGCUGUCCAAACCCUGAUACCUCAAGGAGAUCCUACCAACACAAACAAAGUCACCGGUAUCGGGGUCUCCUACUAUCCAGCCGCCUCAUCAAUAAAACACAAGAGCAGCGGCAGCAUCAUCAUCAUCAACAGCAAAGAUGAAGGAUACGAGACUGAAGUCCCCUGUCUCUACGUCACCACAACAGCCAUCACACUCGUCGAUAUUCUCGUUCUUCCCGAGAGUAGUGAGGAUGAUGAUGAGGAUGAUGAUGAUGAGGAGGGUGACCGCGGGAGCAACACGGAGAUGAUGCCCACGGAGAUGCCCACAUGGACGGUCUUCUUUUUUGCAGCAGUGCUGGACGUUGUUAUUCGAGGGGCUUUUGUUUGA